AUGACCUUGAUCGCUGAUCAGAGCAACAUCCAGUCUGCAGCCUGCAAAAGUAUUCGUCCUUUCAAGUCAAGUGAGGAGUACCUCUUUGCUAUGAAGGAGGACUUGGCAGAAUGGCUUAACACCUUAUAUGAUUUAGACAUGCAGGUUGACAACUUCUUGGAAGUACUAGAGACUGGAUAUGUGCUAUGCCAGCAUGCAAACAAUGUCAACCAGAUUGCUCGUGAAUUUGAACAGAGUCAUCCAUUAGCUAUCAAAACCCUAAAGAUUCCUCGUGGGGAGGUCGUCUUCCAGGCCCGUAAUGUGACUCCUGGUUCGUUCUUUGCCAGGGACAAUAUCUCCAACUUUAUCCGCUGGUGCAGACAGGAGCUAGCCAUUCCAGAUGUACUCAUGUUUGAAACUAAUGACCUGGUAUUAAAGAGAAAUGAAAAGCACAUUGUACUUUGCCUGCUGGAGGUGGCAAGGCGGGGAUCCAAAUUUGGAAUGCUAGCCCCAACCCUCAUCCAGAUGGAGGAGGAAAUUGAGGAGGAAAUAAGGAAUCACUUGAGCUUGGAUGAUAGCAACAGACCUGAGGAAGAAGAGAGAGAGCAUGAAUUUAAGUACCGACCCCCCAUCUACCCCCAGAAGGCACCCCAGCGUUCUUUGUGUGACUUCAAGAACUUGGAUGAACUGGUGCGAGAAAUCCUUGGCUGCUGUAUGUGUCCUUCUCAGUUCCCAAUGGUCAAAGUUUCAGAGGGUAAAUAUAAAGUGGGCGACUCCAGUGCUCUGAUCUUUGUGCGAGUGCUGAGGAGUCAUGUAAUGGUGCGCGUAGGUGGCGGAUGGGACACACUACAACACUACUUGGACAAGCAUGACCCCUGUAGAUGUGCUUUACAUUCACACCGUCUCCAGAUGGGGAAAGCUGGUGGAUUUCCCUCAGUAAAGACACCUGUAGCUGUCAACUUGCAAGCUCCAAGGGUUCCUAGUCCUGGACCACAGCGUACUGUUGAAGAUGCAAACAGUAGUAUUCAGAGAGGAGAUGUGCCAAGGCAGUGUUCUACACCCGCUUCCAGUAGUCAUCAAGAGAGGAUGGAGAAGCCAUUACAGGUCUGCACGGUUACUCCUGUCCCACACCAGCCAGCAGCCACUACACAGACUGUAAGGAAUUUAACCACAGUGCCUCCACGUGACAGAUCAGAGCCACAACAAUUGCUUUCAUUAAGAGCUAGAGAGAAGACACCUUCUAGAGCUCGACGACUUUCUGGGGGCAGUGAUUCCUCAGUAGCAUCCUUUAAAAGUGAAAAGGAGAGACCGUCACGGACUCCAGUUAAGAAGCUCAGUGCUAGAGACCAGACACCUUCAAGAACUCGACGACACUCUGGGGGCAGUGAUUCCUCAGUAGCAUCCUUUAAAAGUGAAAAGGAGAGACAGUCACGGACUCCAUUUAAGAAGCCCAGUGGUGAAGUCGUCCUGCUCAUCAGUCGGAAGGAUGGGAAACAUAAGAUUGACAAGAGUGAUCAAACUCCAAGCCCAAGCCCAAGAAAGACACAGACUAGAAGUCUGUCUAGAGAUGGUUCAUUCCCAAGACCUGUUACAAAGGUUGAAGUUAAACAGCAAGUGAGACCUGCUCAAGUUGGUAACCAGGGAGGAGUUCCUGCUAACAGAGAGCCCAGUGGGUCAGCCACUCCCCAGAAAAUAGGUCAGAAAAAAGGACGAUCCACAGCUGGUGAUGCUUUGUUGGUGAACAGUAGAGGUCGUGAUAGCCAUCGUUCACAGUCUUGUAUCACUGGAAAGGAAAGUAGUAGAGACUCUUCAAAGCUAAGAUCCAGAGAAAAUUCUCCAGCCCAGGUUAGCCAAAACUACCCUCAGUUUGCAAAGAGAGAGUCCAGUAGCAGGAUUCCAGCAGCAGUAAAUAGAACAUUAGCGUCUUCAGGACAGCCAUCAAGUGAAAUCAAAACUGCCCCCUCCAGACACCAAACAUCUCUGCCAUUAGGAGGUAGGCUAAACCACCAUUCUUUGAACUGGGAAGCAGACCUUUGUACUAAAGAUGCAUCUGUAAGCAGAGCACUUUUCAGCAAUGUCCCUGACUCUCAUCAGGAUGAUGUAAUCAUAUCUAAUAUUGAUGUUGACAGGACUCUCCCAAGACCUCUGAGUUUGGAUGCAGACAAGGAACAGGAAUUGUACAGGAGCUUUGAGGAGGAGUUUUUGGCUAACACUAGAAAAAUUAAAAUGCUUCAUCAGGAUGAAGCUAUAGAUUCAUUUGACUGCUGUCAGAAUCAAGAAGCUCAUCCAGUGGAUCAGACCCCAAUGGAUUCUGCUUACUGUUCUUCUAGUUCAUCUACUUCCUCAUUGUCUGUCUUUACAAAGUCAGGUCUUCACCAAGACAUCUGGGAAAGGCAUAAAGAGGACCCUAAAAGGUCUGUGGUAUCUUCUUUCCAAGGUUUUGUUACUGUGGACAGUAAUGUAGUCCUAAAUGAGAUUCAGGAAGGCUGCAUACAGAUUAACCUCAGUGAAAGUGAACUGGAUCAUAAAAAUGCACCUUGUGUUAGGAGAACCAUAUUAUCAAGUUCUUCUGAUGAAAGCAAUUAUUAUUCUACAUAUCAUGAUUUUCAAGAGGUUUCAGAAAGUGCUGGAUCCCUAGAUACAAGUCCCAAAAAACCUCACAUUGUGGAAAAUAGCAGAAGUGAAGAUAAAACUACUGUACCUGGAGCAAUUUCUCUAGAACCAGAAGAUGGGGAAGGUGUAUUUAGUGAGUCAUCUGAUGAAUCAUCUUCGGGUACUCCUUUUAACGAAUCAUUUGAGACCUCAGAAACCCAAGUAGUAGUCUUGAGGAACAAGAAAGGUCUCAAGAAGCCUGCAAGAGUACCUUCAAUAUACAAACUAAAGCUUAAGCCACAAAUACGGCCCAGGGCUGAUAACCAACCCGAGAUGAAACCAUCCCGAAUCCCAACCCCUGUGAGCUACAAGAAUAUAAUGAAAUCCACUCAAAUUCCACAGCAAAGUACUAGUCAUUUCUUUACAGGAUCCACAAUAUAAACCCAGAAGAGGGUUAUGUACUGCAUUUUCUUUACUUACUAAUCACAGUGGCAACCAGUUAUUGCUGGAUGUGAGAUAGAGUUUUAAAAGUUCAAGUUUUAAUGCUGGGGAGGUGGUUCUGGUUAGAGGCUUGAUAAUCCAGAUACAAAAUAAGUGGAUGGUGUUUCAGCUGCAGGCAUUUGUGUCUGUUGCCACCUGGGAUAAAGUAUGUCCAUUAACCAGGGUAGCAAGUUUGAGCACUGGACUGGCUUUCUUUAUGGCCUUCGCAUAUAUUUAGUAUAACGAGUUAUGAGUUUGUUUUGUAUAUGUGCAUAUGAUAAGACGUACAGCAUGCUACCUGGUGUCUCCUCACCAGUGAGCUGCUCCUAACAUUUUAUGCUUUUUUUGCACAGAGACUAUGAAAAUUGGUGAGCAUCUCUGACUGGUUGUUGGGUAUGGGCUGUUCUGGCUGCAUUUUUAUUUCGAAUGUACUUAGUUAACAACCAGAAUUCUUAACUGCUGCUAAAUGACAAGUAGAUGAUAAGAGGUGCUCUGUACUGGGAUUGGUUUUAAUUGCACUCAGAUCUUAGAAACACUACGUGUGUGACAUUUGUGGCCUUAUGUUAUGAGCAGGGUGGCUCAUUGCUGCAUCUGCUGUUUUGCACUGGAAUGCACAGUGCCAUGUAGACACCAUUGUGCAAGUCUACAGAUGGCACUGGCUCAGGGCACUACUAAAGUAUGACCCUUUAUGCUACUUUGUUUAUUGUGUUUGCCAUCACCACCUUUACCAGUAAUUACUGUAAGGCUCAUGCUAUUAGAGAAUAUCUUACUGUGUAUGUCAUGGUGCAGCAGCAGCAGUCUCCUGUCACUUUCUGUUCUAGGAAAAACAAGAGUCGGUAAUAUUUGUUACUCAGUUAACAAAUGCAUUCCUUAUCUUCCUUUUUGUAUUUUGUCUGCUUUCAAGUUUUAUGUUUUAAUUUUAACUAGUUUAUUUAUAAUUAUUUUAACAGAGGUCAUGGAAGAGGGUGAAUUUGCUGACAUGCAUUUGUGUAUGUUUAGUGUGCAUUGAAACAUGAGACCGCUAGUGUGACUGUUUAAAAUGUAUGUUUUAAUAAUAGGUUUCUCAAAAACAGGAAGGCAACUUUGCCAUGUAUCCUUCAUUCUACCAGCCUUUGAAAAGUGCACUCAUAUAAUGAUAAUAGGGUAAAAGGAAAUUCUGUCCCUCCUGAAGUGUACCAAAUCAAAGCUGUUUAUUUGAAAUGUUAGUAAAAGAAAGUUUGGUGAUUAUCCUGAAGUUAAAAGGUUAUACAUUUUGUUUUGAGAGUUUCAUAGCUGUAACUCCUUGAGUUAGCUGUGACCUAAACUGAAUUGCUGUCUCCCUCUUCUGAUCAACGUUAAGUUGUCAACAGCCCUAAGACAACAAAAUAUCCAGACUUUGUUAAACUAGUACAAGGCAGCAUCCAGACAAUGGAUUGUUUCUCUGAGGUAUGCUUUCUACUGUUAAAGGACAAUUCCACCCAAACAUCAAGGUUUUUCUUGUAAUGCCAUAACUUGAAAGUACUUUCUUCAUUUGGCGUUAUACUGUAGAAAAAAAAUUGUUGCCCAAUAACUUUGAAAAUUGCUACAAUUCUAAAUUUAAGGAUACCAAAUCUUGGGUGUAAGGGGACAUUUGUUAUCCCUGGUUGAAAAGCCUGUAGGUUAGUACACGUUUAAUGUUUUGCUCCGACAGAGGUGUUAAAUGCUUCUUUUUAUUUUUUUAUUUUAUUUUUACAAAAAAGCAUGGUUAGUGGCAUGCCAUUCUUUGUUUUUUUUUUCCUUUGGUAUUGGUGACUGGUGUUGUGUGCUUGGUGUUUUCAACAUCAGUCCAUUUUUGUCAUUACAAAGUGCUUCUGCUUUCCUUUAGUACUGCCCCAUAAGCAUCACAUACAAAGAGAACAGUUUCAAUUUUAGUUUCACUCUGGAGCUCUUUCUGUAGUUUCUUUGCAUACUACUUUGAUUUUUUUUUACUUUAUAAAACAACUUUAUUUCCUUCUGAUAUUUUUCACAGCAUCUGUGACAUAUAGGCAGAGAGAUCAGCUGCUUCAAAUAAAUUAAGAAGGUCUGUGAUCCUAGAUAGAAGGUUAGUAAAGUUUUAAAACCCAGAACGUAACAGCAAUCAGUCGUGUGCAUUUUAUUAGUCACAGAUGGAUAACUUUAUAGCAUAACUUUAUACCUCAUUUAGAAAACUGAGUCUUGGAACUAACUAUACUCUCUUCAGUAGUCAUAUCACUAGGGGUGAUCUUAUUUUGUGUUAACAUUGCCAGUGGAUGUGGCAUUUGACAACCGUAGUAUGGCCACAAGUAAUUGUAAUGUAUUGGUGCAAGUAAACAGCUUAAACAGAUCUGAAAAAAUGGCUCCUUUACUCAUAGAGUAGCUGUGGCUGGGAAUUCACUUCCACUUUCAGUGAGCCAAAGUUGCAGAGCAGUGUCCAUUUUCAAGAUUAAGUUGGAUACUUGGUUUGAAAAUAGAGCUGUUAGAUGAUCCAGUCCAUCCACUUCAACCUCAGGAUUUGUUGGCUUCUGAUAGCAGUCACUUGAUACCUUUAAGACUCUCUCAGGCCCUAGAACUCCUUCUCUGUCUUCCACAAUAUACCACACUUCCCAUUCUCUCCUGAUCUUAUUUGCUGCAUUGGAGUACAGACGUGAGAGGCAUUUUGAGGAUUGUUUCACAGGAUUUUGUGCAUUUUCUCAUUAAAACAACAGCAGUUUUAAGUCAAAUUACUUGACUUACAGGCCAGACAUUUGUUCCAUUUUGUAACGAUCAGCUAGUGAUGUAGUUAGUUGAUUGUUUUGAGCUAGUCUUCCAUGCUUUAUUUACCAUGUUGUACUUGGUAGGAAAUUUACAUUAGCCAGACUAAUCUUGCAUUUUGUUUUGGCUUUGUAGGCGUUUUAACCGUUAAUGGUUGAUUAAUUUGUUUGUUGCUGAUACUUGUUUGUAUAUUUGGUUGUGGAUAAGACUUAACGUUUCCAAAAAUGCUCAAAGUGUGGGCACAAGGUUCCUCCUCAGGGGAGUGGAACAUUUGUAUGCAAACUUUAACAUAUCUGAAAAAUGAGGGACCCAUAUCUUACAAGAAAGAGGAAACAAGUAGGUUUUGAAAGUUUUGUUACCCUCUGAUGCCACUUGGACUAAGUCCAGAAAAGCAAGAAGAAAACCUGAAAAUCAAGGAUGUGCACCAUGGAGCCAGCGGCAGAGAAUAAUCUUGUUCAAACAACCAGUCUCCAAGUUUUCUUUCCUCAGUAUUACAGUAAGAGGAGAGUAUUUUCUGCUUUAUCAGCCAUGUCUUCUAUCUAGAGAGAACAGAUAAGGUAAGAAAAGAGGAUUGGGUACUUCUUUCUUUUAGUUCAAACAAAUUGGGGAAAAAAGUUUCAUAGGUCACCCCGUUCAGGUGGCUAUUGGACUGUUCUCUGUUUUCCUAUACAAGUACAAGACCUUAGCAUGUAAAUCUAAAGCACAUACAGCUGGGCACCAGCUGCAUCCUAGAGAGUUUCAACAACUCUUCAGUCACUGAUCUGAAGAGAAGAAUCUGGGUUGUGUUAUGGGAGAUGGGGCAAGAGUUUUAGAGCUUGGAAGAGUACUAAAGGUGCUGAGUGUCUACUAACUGUGUCUAACCAGUCCUGAGUUUGAAGUGGACAGAUGUGGCUCUUGAAGAUAUAAUGCUACAGUAAAUACAUAGCUUUUUGUUUUUUGAGCUUGGAUAUUUUUUUAGGAUUCAAAUAUCCUGAUGGCUCUUUGAGCCUUGAGUUUGUUUUACCAAUACGUUAUAACAAAAUAUAUUGUAACCAAAAUUCUGAGACAGAUCACGGAGAUACAUUUUCAAGUUUAACCUUCUAAUUUACCAUAGAAUGUUAAGUAAAAGAAGGCUAUUGGGGAGCAUCUGAGGACAUUGUUGCAAAACAACCACUUCUGUUGCCAGAGAUAGUCAGAGAAGUAGGAUAUUAUAGUACUCUUAUUCUAAAGUACUGCGGAGAUGCCACAGUAAUCAUUUUACCUUCACAGUGCACUUUGUCUUCAUAAAAUUAUAUCAGGAAGGCAAAAUCCUAGGCUGUAAAAUGAAGUCAAGCCAGCAUGGCAGGGAUGCUUAAGUACUAACUGGUAGUGAAAAUAUUGCAUGUGACUUCACUAACAGAUUCAUCAGCAAAAAAAAAAUUGAUAUCUAGUAAAAGGGUGUUGUGGGUUGAUCAUUAUAUAUUGUCAAUGUUUGAAGAAAGUGCAGCAUUAAGUGAUGAUGAAGAAAUAUGCAGUCAGGGAUUGCUGAUCUUUCCAAAGAGUACUGGCAGACAUCUGUGGCAUACAAAAUUAGAAGAUAUUAUGAAUCACUUAGUAAUACAGGUAUAUUAGAAUUGCAGAAGAGAUCACAAUAUGCUAAAAACUUUAUAAUUCAGUGUUUUGGGUGUGGUUGUCCUUUAAUGCAUUUUAUCAUGCCUGCAGCUGGUCUGCUUCACAAUACCAUUGUGCGGCUGAAGCCUUUAAUGAACACAUUGUAUAAGUAUGUCUGUGGUUAUACCUGCAACUGGCUGAAGAGGUUUAUUUUUUUAAUGAUUGAAUUGUGCUAAAACAAACCCCUUUUUUAUAAGUGACACUGGAAUAGUUCACAGGUUGUGUUUUUUCAACCAGUAUACGGGCAGAGUCUGAGAAUCACCUCUGCUGAAUAAAGCAUGCGAGUUGAUAUCAGCAAGACUCUUUGCAGAUUGUUACACUGACCACUGAAUUAAUCACUGUCAACACUUUUAAAAGAAUUGCAAAGCACUUUCUUAAUUUGUGAUGCACAGCGAAGUUUCAUUGCUCUUUAAAAGUUUUUAUUGCGUCAGGCAUUUUCAUUCCAGUUACCGAAUCAUCCAGUAUGUUCCCUACUUUGGUUGGACUCGCUAAACUCUAGUCAACUGUUUUGAAUAAAGUUACAUGCCAGUUAUUUUUAAACUUGUACCAGUAUGCCUGAAGAAGUGGAAUUUAAAGUUUUUCUUUGUCUAGUUCUCAUUUCCUGAGGAUGUUUAAAGCAGAUACUAUCCUGUUACAGUAAUCUUGUUACAAACACUUAUAACUAACUCGGGGUUUUAGAAAUUCUAGCUUACUCCACAACUUACUGUCAGAGACGGAUACUGUUUUACACUACAAAUUAGACAUUUUCCUCCAAAGCAAGUUAAAUUUAACUUUCUGCAAGAAAUGCCUUAAUAGAUGCCUUAAUAGAUAAUGCAGCUGCAAUAGUGCCAGAUUAAACAAGUUGUCUGACCUUUUAAGGAACAAAAAAAAGAAUAGAAAUGAAGAUCAGAGUAUUAUUCUGGUUUGUUACAUAUGAAGUGGUCUGACACCUCGUCCAUGUGUAUCUGGAAAUUGGCACUUCUGUGCGUCUGUCCUAGGCAGAACUGUGAAAUCUUAAAGGCUGUUCCAGCCAUCGAGAAGUUUUAGUGCCCCAAAGUCAUUCCUUAGAAGAAACCUUUUAAGCGCAUAGCAAAAUCAGGGGGAAGGUGGUGUUACAUAAUUUAUUGGUAUGUCUGCUCUUAUGAAUGUUUAUCAUGACUUUACCUUCAGCAUAGGGAAGCCAUUUUAAGGAUUAUUAUGGAGACAGACAAUACAUAAAACUGUAUGUUCGGAGUUGUGUUAUUGCUAUGUACAUUUUGUAAUUUUUUUGGCUGUGAUUUUUCUCCUAGAUAGCCACAGUCGACCAGUGUCAACAGUUCUGUCCCACCCUGACUGUAAAGAGUUCCCAUUUUCUUAAUAAUUCAGUAUUUGUCAGUGCUAGAGCUUGGGGAUGAGCUGCUUCACUUGAGGCUCAGGGUCUCCGAGCCCACACCACUCCUGACUCGUAUACAUUGAUAUUCUUACCCACUCCCAUCAAUAAUUCUUCCAGCAUGUUACCCCCAACUCCCCAUAGAGAGAUGAGUAGGUAGAGCCUUAUUAUUCUCUCUACCCAGUCACCUUUAUCAGCUGUCCAAGAUGCUAACUGAAUGCUGGUUGCCUUAGUCAGGGCUUUAUCCCUCUGUGUCAGCAGAGUGGAUUAUAAAGAGUUCAUAAGCAUACAUCUGGGAUGUUUUGAAGUAAGGCAGCAGUGUGUACAGCCUGUGAUAGGACUUCAGGAGAUUCUUUGUUACUACAGUUUUCAGUGAAGAAGCUACCAGGGCACAUGCAGGUUUAUUCUGUCCCCCUCCCCCUAGCCUUGCAGAUUAGCUCACCUGCUAUUUAACUGGCUUAUGUUGGGAUGAAACCUGGAAGUGAUUAACCUUUGUGCUGUACUUCCAGGACAAGAACUAUUACUAGUGUUCUGGAACCUUUCCUCCCAACUUUCCAUUAAACUCAGGUUAGGCAUAAUCUACCUUUAGUAUACCAUUCAGGCAGUAUAUUUUGCAGUCUUUAAAACAAAAUCUUGCAAACUGAGACUGCUGCUCAUAACAGAAAAACAUGAUGAUCUGUAGUAGUUUGGUAGUAUAAAAGAGAUGACAACCUGUUUACUAAAUCAUUUGGCACUGAAAAUGAGAUGACGUAACCUGUUCACUGUUAUGUACUCAUUUGGCAGUAUGAAAAUUGUGACAUAUUCAGUUCCCUGUUAUGCACUCAUUUGGUAUUAUAAAUGAAAUUAUGUCUGCUGUUUACUGUCACUUACUCAUUUCACAGUGUAAAUGAUAUGAUGUAUCCUGUUUACUGUUAUGUGCUUAUUUGACAGUGUAAACAAGAUGACAUAACAUGUACCCUGUUAUGUACUCAUUUGGCAGUGUGAGAUACUAUAACCUUUUUACUGUUAUGCCUGACAUUUCCUUUUCACUAUUAAGUAUUCAUUUGACUGUAUAAAUGACAUGAUGUAUCCUGUUUUCUGGAAUGUACUGUUCUGGCAGUAUAAGUGAGAUGACAUAACUUGUUUACUAGAAUGCACUCAUUUGGGAGUAAAAAUGAGCUGGCCUAUCCUGUUUACUGUUAUGUACUCAUUACGUAGCAUAAAAUGAGCUGAUAUAAACCUGU